AGUACCGAAGUUUUAAACUUUGCUGAUUCUUGCGAUGUAUUAUCUUGACAACUCCGAUGUUGGACAAAAAUGCCAAACUUACUUCUCAAGUGGAGAUUAUACGAAUUGUGCUAAUAGUAAUGGAUGUAUGACAAGCGAUGCUCAAUACAAGGAAUGUUGCAUCGAUAACAACUACUGCUCAUUUGUUGCUACUAUUUACUUUAUCUACGUCAUUUUGUCUGUUAUCUUGUGUUGUAUUAUUAUCUCCAUCGUCGGAAGUGUCAUUUUCUGUUGUGUCAAAGGGAUUAUGUGUUGUGCUCGUGAAGGCGCCGGUAAAGACGAUCAGGAUCCGGAACAGUCGGGAGAAAUCUGCGAGGACAGCACCACUUCUUCUCAAGAGAGUAUGAAAUGCUCCAAGAUUGCUUGAUCGAUGACGAUGAAGUUGAAGAUAGGCCUUGAAUACCAUGAUAGCUUGUGUUUGUGUGAAUAAAAUAGUUUAUGUGA